AUGAGUGUAUAUGUUUAUAAUGAUGAAGUUCUCUGUUUAGUAAAUGGAUCUUGGAGUUCUUGGGGAACUUUCAGUUCAUGUGACAAAUCAUGUGGAGGCGGUUGGACCCUGAGAUUCAGGCAGUGUAACAAUCCAGCCCCCGCUAUAGGCGGUCUCCCCUGUGUUGGUGAUUCUGUAGAAAUAUCAGGAUGCAAUGCUGUUCACUGUCCAGUUGAUGGUGGAUGGUCUACAUGGUCAAACUACAGCCAUCAAUGCACCGGAAGUUGUGGACAAGGUGUACAGGUCAGAACCCGAACGUGUAGCAAACCACCUCCUAGUUAUGGUGGUAAACCUUGUUUGGGAAAUUCCACUGAUGGCAGACUGUGUAAACUCACUCCUUGUCAAGUUGACGGGAAUUGGGGUCAAUGGGGUGACUUCCGCCACUGUGACACGACUUGUGGUGGUGGGUUCCACAUGAGAAUGCGGUCAUGCAAUGAUCCACCACCAUCACAUGGAGGCCUUCCAUGUCCUGGUCAGUCCUUCCAGACAGAGACAUGUAACGUCCAGCCUUGUCCAAAUGAAAUUGCUGUUGGUUGA